AUGUCAACAGAGCCUACUAAAGCGAACGAACAGACGGACUCAUCUGAUGUGAAGUCUGCCUCGGACAGCAAGCAAGAGAAAAUCCCAUCAGAGAAGGGUUCAGCGAAAGAGAAAUCUUCGAAACCACGGCACAGGGCUUCAGUAGCAUGUGCUUCGUGUCGGGACCGCCGGAUUCGCUGUGUUGUGCCUCCUGGCGAGAAAGACUGCACGCAAUGCAAAAGAUCCGGCGUGGAUUGUGUCAUCAAGAACGAUGACGAACGACGAAGACCCAUCUCACGAGCGUACAUGUGCUCACUCACAGAGCGCGUAGCACUCCUAGAAACAAUGCUGAAGGAGAGGGGUGAAGAUCUACCACCAGCGAACCACCCGCCAAAGACUCGUCACGGUUCCCAACGCAACGAGGAUCUAUCACCAAACCACAAGGCAACAGAUAGCCAAAGCAACCAACAAGACAACUCCAGUCCGGGAAGCCAACUGAGCCCCCAAGACGAUUACCCUGAGCUCGAUCAGCAGCAUGAGUACAAUGGUAGCCCCCACAACGACGCAGAGAGUGCCGGUUCCCCAGCCAUGCUUCCCCCUCCGAAGAGAGACGGCAUGGUCAGCCGCCUGCUUUCCACACGAGGACAUUUAAGCUUCGAUCAAUUGAGCGGCCGACUACGAUACUUUGGCCCUACCACAAACUGCCACGUGCAUUCCGAGAUGCUCAACCCUUUCGACUCCACGCGGGAGAUGAGCGAACAGGCGCGACGUGCGGAUAAGAUCAUUCGAUCCUUACCACUCGAGACAUAUGACUAUUUGAUGGAUCUCUUCUGGCAAUGUUAUAACCCCGUCAUCCACGUUUUGCACCAAGAAGCGUUCAACGAGGACCGGGAGAUGGGUCGGACGCAGUUCUACAGUGGAUUCCUGCAUGUCUGUGUGCUGGCGAUGGGGUUCCGGUUCGCUGAUAAGGAACGCAUGGAUAUACUCAGAAUUAGUCUUCCCGGAAAGGAGAGCACGCUUCAUAGAGAGGCGAAGUAUAUGCUUGAUCACGAGUUGGAAAGACCAGGUGGAGUUCCAUCUGUCGUCGCGAUGUUGUUACUCGGUGACCUCGAAUGUGGAGUUGGCCGCGAUAACCUGGGCUGGCUUUACGCAGGUAUGGCUGUAAGGCUUGCGUUUGAUAUCGGGCUUCAUCUAGAUGCCCGUCUCUCCGGCCUGUCGGAACGCGAAAUCGAAAUUCGCCAAAUGACGCUUUGGGCCUGUGUAAUCUACGACAAGUAUUGGGCGCUUUUCCUUGGUCGCCCAACCUCAAUGAAAUCUUCCGACCUGGAAAUUUACAGCUUAACCACUCAAUUCGCCCGCCUAGGGACCUGUCUCCCAUCCGGGCCCUCAAAAUCCACAGAGACACUCAUCUACGAAGCACUCAUAGACUUGAUGGAACUCGCUGGCAAGAUUACUGAGAACAUGGAUCCACACCUGUCGCAAAACCCCGAAUCGCACACAUCAGUCGACCGCAACCAGUACCUCCGCAUGGCAGCUCUUGAUCGCGAGUUUAGUAGUUGGUAUGCGAGAUUACCUGAGCAACUACGCUGGACACCAAACAACAUAGCAACGGCGCCCUUUUCGUUUUUCCUGCUACAUCAGCAGUACCACGCCAGUCUGAUCCUGUUGCACAGGCCGUUCGCCAUGUACGAAGACCAAAGUGCGCGGGAUGGCCUGGAGAGCAAUGGGCCAGAUGAUCACUUUUCGGCGCUGAGUAGGACAGUGUGCACCAAGCAUGCGAUUCGCGUAGCGAGAAUCUAUUGGCAGCACCGGCAGCGGUUUGAUACAAAGCAGAUUUUUGUUACCGGGAUGCAGCACGCGGGCACAGCAGCAACCGCCCUCGUCGCCGCGCUAGCAUUCAUUAAAGACCCCAACGACCGCAACAACAACAUGCAAUACCUCGAAUGCCUUUCAGCUGCACUCUCCGAUAUGGCCGCAACCUACCAGCCCGCGGAACGCAUGUCUAUCGUGUUGCGCGCCGUCAUGGUCGAGCUACGCGGCGGCCCAGAGCCGAACAUGAACUCCUUCACAUUGUACAAAUCUAAGUCUUCGGUUGUGCCAGCCCGGCGCGGAUCCACCAUCGACAUAGACGACGAGAGCUCAAGUCAGGUCUUCAAGAAACGCCAGACAAGCCGGCCUCGCGCAGGAACAGGAGCAAGUAGUAGGAAAGUGCGGACGAGCAGCAUGAGCACAGCGAUGAGUAUGCCCAUGGACCGUCAGAGCUUGAGCAUCGUACCUCCUCCCCCACCACGCUUCGACGACAUGGACCGUAACGGCGACGGUUUCAUUAUGGUAACGCCCCGCUCUGAAAUGAGCGCCUGGCAGCCCAUCUCGGAAACACCGGAGCUCUCUCACACGUUAUCCACACCGUCCACUAGCACGCUGUCCUCGUCUGAUCCGCGCAACUCGGGAGCCUGGAUGGGCGCUGAGUUCGACGCCCAAGACUCAAUUUCCCAACUUGCUACUGCACAUUUCCCUGAACUCAACGCGUUUGACGAAGCGAAUGGUGGUUCAGUAGAUGGCAUGACUAACCUGGAUUUUAUGAAUUUGGGCGAGGGAGGCAAUGAAUGGAGUAUGGGUAAGGAAUGGAAUAGCAGCGGGGGUGUGGUGAGUGACCUGGAUGGGUUCCCAUCUCAAAGUGGGUUUGGCAUGGGCGUUUUAUCGGGGAAUUGA